AUGGCUAUUCAGUCGAUCGUAGUGUUCGCCACCGUCGCCAUCACUCUGUUCGGGAGUAUGGCCUUUGCUUACCCACCGGAGUACAAGAGUUACUACAACGAGGACGACAGCUACGACAGUGCAGGUCACCAUCUGCAGUACCAGCACAGCGGUUACGCACCGCCCGCCGCCCCUUACCACUUCGAGUACGGCGUGAAGGACCUGCACACGCACGACAUCAAGAGCCAACAAGAAGUGAGCGACGGUCACGGUAACGUCAAGGGAUCGUACAGUCUGGUGGAACCCGAUGGCUCUACCAGAGUGGUCGAGUACACGGCUGACCACGAGCACGGGUUCAACGCGGUGGUCAAGAAAAUCGAAGCGCCCAAAGACAACAAUUAUUACCAUCAGUCGCACGCUGACGUCGACUACUACCACCAACAGCCGUCGAAUUACAACAAGUACUACUGA